AUGGCUGGUUUGCUGGAUAGCAUCAAGGUUCCAAGAAUCCUAAACGGAACCGGCUCAAGAACCAGAGCUGAUCUGGAAACACACCUUAUACAGUGGGAACGUCCGGCUGUUGAAGUGGUUCAUCUUGUCCCUCCGUUUUAUGGCUCUCCACAUCUUCAUCCUCCUCAUCCUCUCCCCAAGCUAGUUGAAGGCUGGGUCUCACCAGACGAAGUGGGUGUGUUCCAGAGGAGAGACAAACCCCUCCUCCUGACCAAUCACAUCAUGCAGAGGCCAGUAAGACCUGCCCCCAGGACACGACUGCUGCUGUCUCCCUCUCGAAUCUCAGGUUCUGUUAGAAGAGAACACACAACAAAGACAAGAGACGCUGAGAGUGAUGACACCUCCUCCUCCUCCUGCUCCUCCUCCUCUUCCUCCUUAUCGCCCCUGCAACUGCUCUCUGUGUCUCCUCUCCACCUGCCUCUCCUCACUGCUCCUCCUCCAUCAGGGAUUGUUUGA